UUAAGUUUCAUAAAGAGUGCACACAUGUAGCCAUGUCACUAACGUCAAUCUGUUUAUCCACAGAUGAGAGUUAACAUGGGCUAAAUUAAUUCAACUAUGGCAUCACGCUAGACUUCAACAAACCACUUGUAGGCUGUAGCUAUGGUGUGUUCAUGUGGGAGACAUUAGUCAUUAGUGUUAGGAUUUAGAAGUUUAGCAAAAUAUGCGUGACACUGUAAUUUGUAACAGAGUUAUGUCUUGGUCCAAAAAACAAUCAACCUUGGAGUUAGAGCUGCAAUUGAUCUCAGAAGAAUCUUGCUCGAGCAAGAGAUAUUCCUGCUGAAGCAAGAGAAUCAAAAACUGUUUUUUUAAUUACUACAGCAUGUUGAAGAAGCCUGGGAUUAUGCUUUCAACACUAAGGGGUGUUUGAUAAACGGGCCUAAAGUUUCUAAAGCCGAAACGAAAUCUUUUAAGGCCAUAUGCUUGUUGAGCUCUGAAUCCAAAAGGGAGUAUAUUAAAAUCUGUUGAGCCAUUUUGGUGAAGAAAAUAUAGUCAGUAAGCCUUAGUGCAGCUGGCCAUUCCAAAUGGGUAGAGCUUUGUUUCUUUAUCUCUCUAGAGGCAAGGAUUGGGUUUAAUCCUCCUGAGCCAUAUUAUUCGAUAGCAGAGAUUAGAGAGAGUUUAAGCUCCCAUGCUUUUCUGUCAAAGGCAAGCAACUAGAGAGAAUGGUGUGCUAAGCUCCUGUGCCGAAAGAAAACAUCAGUGAGAGCAUUUUUGCUUGGCUUAAAAGAACCCAUACCAGGUGCUUGAUAAAAUACCCCUUUUACUAUCCCACUCUUCUUUCAAUCUCCAAAGAGAAUGUUUGUGAGUUUCAAACCACAAAGCCAAAUCUUCAUUGAAAUUUACUGCAGUGCCGGAGGUUCUGUCUUGGAGAAAAUCACUAUACAAGGAUUCUAGAGGUUCUGGAACUACCAAGGUUGGAAUGCAAGCGAUGCAUUUGCAGAGGUUCCAUAGAGUUUAUAGGUUAGUAAAGGUUUUGUAAGUCGCUGACUAUUGUAACUAUUUCUUUAAUAGUGAUUUUUUUUAAGGGAAUAUCUUUGUCCCUGUAGUUGUUUUUCCUUAAAGAGGUUCUCAAGUUUUUGAUUUCGUGACCAUUCUCUGUGUCACAAACUAUCUUGUUAAUUGUAUAGGGGUUCAAACAAUACUUUUCAAAAAGUAAAUGAGUGUAAUCACAUGGCGUGGUGACCCUCAUGUACUUUAUGAUUCCCAUAAAAUGACGGUUUACGGAUGAUUGCAUUGUUUGGGGGAGAGUUGUGAGUCUUGUGACCUUUGAGAGAAACACAACCCUUUGCAGGUAUGAGUAUUGUUGAUUCACGGAAGGGUGCAAACACUUCCAUGAAUAAGAGGGAUCUCAGGAUAUUUGAGUUUCUAAUUCAUUUUAACUUUCUACCACGUGAUCACCAUACUUGUCUAAGACCAACAAUAAGAACUCUUUGAUGACAAUCAAACUUCUUAAAACAUGAUGAAUGGCUCUUUAACCUUUUCAGAUCUCAAAUCUGUCACACCAAACCAUCCAAAGUCAAUGAUGGUAUCUACCAUUGGACAACUUAAUCUAUAUGAUCUCAAUGCUUAAAAUUUUAUUGUGUACACAACACAAAUGUUAUUGUUAAUGUUGUUUAGGAGAGAAAGUUGUAAAAUAUAAAUCAAGUUGCUUAGUAGCUAACAUUACCUCCUCGAGAAAUAGUUGAAGGAUUACCAUGUCAAAGGGUACAGUGUCAGCAGAAUCAUUUCUGUUCAACAUGGCAGCAAAAGUUCUGGUGAAGAUCAGUUCCCCUAUCUUUCAAGAAGUCAUGUCAACGUGGGGUGUUGAAGGCGAUUUGGAAAAGCUUGAGGACACCUUGUCCACAGUCAAAGCCAUGCUGUUGGAUGCAGAGGAACGGCAGGGACAUAAUCAGGAGCAGACUGUCUGGCUUGGGAAACUGAAAAACACUUUUUAUGAUGCAGAAGAUGUGCUGGAUGAAUUCAAGUGUGAAGCAUUGAGGAGACAAAUGAUGAAAACAUAUGGGAACAGCACCAGAAAGGAAACCGGCAUGUCAUGCAUGGGAGGAGGGUGAUGAGCUAUUCCUUUGUGCAGACUUCAGAUGUCAUCGGAAUAGACAGGGAUAAAGAAAUAAUAGUUAAACUUAUAAUGCAUCCUUGUGAUGGUGAUCAAAAGGUCUGUGUUAUUCCUAUAGCUGGAUUGCAGGUCUUGGGAAGACUACACUUGCUAAAUUGGUGUUCAACAAUGAAGAAGUGGUCAGCCAUUUUCACUUGAGAAUAUGGGUAAGUGUAUCUGAUGACUUUGACAUAAAAAAAUUGUUGGUCAAAUUAAUCAAAUCUAUAACUAAUGAAAAUUGUAGUGAUUUGGACGUAGAGCAAUUGCAAAUGCGCCUUUGAGGUCAUUUGCACAACAGAAAAUUCUUACUUUUCUUGGAUGAUGUGUAGAAUGAGAAUCAGGGAAAAUGGAUUAAGUUGAGGAAUUUUUUGAUGGAGGGUACCAAAUGGAAGUAAGAUCCUCGUGACAACAUGCAGCCUAAUAGUUGCAUCCAUUAUACGUACCAUUUCCUUCUACAACUUAGAAGUACUUCUACAUAAAGAGUGUCCAUCUUUAUUUAUAAAAUGGGCUUCUGGUGAAGGAGAAGCAAGAUAACAUGCAAAACUCAUUGAAGUUGGGGAUGAGAUGGUGAAGAAAUGCAAAGGAGUUCUAGCAGUGAAGACAUAGGGAGCUUACUAUAUUCAAAGCUCAAUGAACGUGAUUGGCUAUUUGUAAAGGGUAAUGAAAUGUGGAAACUGGCACAAAAAGAAAGGGAUAUUUUGCCUACCUUACAAUUGAGUUAUAAUCAAAUGCCAUCUUAAAACAAUGUUUUGCUUAUUGUUCACUUUUUUCAAAAGAUUGUGAGCACAAAAUUUUUGAAUUAAUUGAACUUUGGAUGGCACAUGGACUGCUUCAAUCACCGGAUGAAAACCUAGAGUUCAAAGAUAUCAGAAACCAAUAUAUAGAUAAGCUCUAUUCAAGAUCUUUCUUUGAAGAUUAUAUGGAUUGUGGCCAUGUGUGGAGAUUCAAAAUACAUGAUCUUGUCGCAUACCAUGAAACACCUAACGCUCUAGAGGUUCAAUUUAUGAGUAAUUGUGAAAAACUUGAUCUAACUGAAAGGGAAGACAAUCAAUAAGAAUUCCGGACGAGCCUUCAAACACUGAUGCACCAUCAAUUACCACAGUUGGUGGCUUUGCCCCAUUGGAGUCAACGGUCUGCAACAACUUUACAAGAAAUGGCAAUUGCGGAAUGUCCCAACUUGACUGCAUUGCCAGAUUGGCUGCCAAAUUUUGUAUCA